AUGGAAGGGACCAAUCAAACCACUGUGACAGAAUUUGUUCUGCUGGGCCUCUCUGGCCACCCAACGCUGGAGACCAUUUUCUUUGUGUUGGUCUUGUGGAUGUACUUGGUAAUCCUUCUGGGCAAUGGUAUCCUCAUCAUAGUAACUGUCUAUGAUUCCCACCUACACACACCCAUGUACUUCUUCCUUGGUAACCUCUCUUUCCUGGACAUUUGUUAUACAACCUCUUCUGUACCCCUAAUUCUAGACAGUUUCCUCACCCCAAGGAAAACCAUUUCCUUUUCUGGCUGUGCAGUACAAAUGUUUUUAUCCUUUGCUAUGGGAGCAACUGAAUGUGUGCUUCUGAGUAUGAUGGCAUUUGACAGAUAUGUGGCGAUCUGUAAGCCUCUGAGAUACCCUGUUAUCAUGAGUAAAGGUACUUAUAUGUCAAUGGCCACUGGCUCCUGGAUAGCAGGGGGAAUCACCUCUACAGUGCAAACCUCUCUUGCAAUGAAGUUGCCCUUUUGUGGAGAUAAUGUCAUUAAUCAUUUUGCAUGUGAAAUCUUGGCUGUCCUCAAACUGGCUUGUGCAGAUAUCUUACCUAAUGUGAUUAGUAUGACAGUUGCUGAUAUAAUUUUUCUUGUUUUCCCAGUGCUAUUCAUUUUUACUUCUUAUGUUUUCAUCCUUUCCACUAUCCUGAGAAUCCCUUCAGCAGAGGGGAGACACAAAGCCUUUUCUACCUGCUCAGCCCACUUGACUGUGGUGAUUAUAUUCUAUGGAACCAUUUUCUUCAUGUACUUGAAACCCAAAUCUAAGGACUCUCUUGGAGUAACCAAAGAAGACAUUACUGACAAAUUCAUCUCCCUCUUCUAUGGUGUAGUGACACCUAUGCUCAAUCCCUUGAUCUAUAGCCUGAGGAACAAAGAUGUGAAGACAGCAGUGAAGAAUUUGUUGGGUCAAAAGCUCUUCGCUGAGUGA